AGCAGAUCACGGCGAGGCGGAAAAAAAGAGGCUGCGCAGGUUUAAGCUCCGUCUUAUCAUUUCUGAGGUUUGCGAGAGAAGAAACUUAAGCGGACAUCUGGAGAUUUGAGGCCAUGCAAGGUGCACGCUGAGCUGAGGAAAUAUGUUAACACUGCCAUUCGAGGAACCUCAUAUGAUGUGUGAGCCCCGGUUUGGUGCCAAUUAUCCCCGUGAAACCUUACCUGAGAGCCUGGAGCAGGAGCGACAGCACAAUACCGACAGGUCUAACCCAGACAUGAGGGAGGCCGAGGACGACAUCUCCGACAGAGAAGAGGACGACAGGGAGGAUGAUCAGGAUGAGAACGGACUUCCUAAAAAGCGAGGCCCUAGGAAAAAGAAACCCGGGAAGGAGCAGAUGGAUAGGGCCAAACUUAGGCGCCACGAAGCCAACGCCCGAGAGCGCAGUCGGAUGCACGGUUUAAACGCUGCACUGGAGAGUCUGCGCAAAGUUGUGCCGUGUUACUCCAAAACUCAAAAACUGUCUAAGAUUGAGACCCUCAGACUGGCUAAAAAUUACAUCUGGGCUCUGUCAGAGACUCUGAGCGCAGGAAAGAGACCCGACCUCCUCACAUUUGUACAGACUUUGUGCAAAGGAUUAUCUCAGCCAACGACCAACUUGGUGGCUGGUUGCUUGCAGCUAAACGCAAGAAAUUUCCUCACAGACCACAAUGGAGAGGUCAUGUUUUCUGGAAGAUCGCCAUACGAAGCCAUGUACCCGUAUCCCGGCACAGACAUCAACUCUCCCCCCGGCCACAGCGGAAGCAGCUUGGACACCAGCGCUAAGCCGUUCCGACACUACAGCUACAGCAGCGCCUACGAACCCUACUUCGACAACCCGUCCCCCGAGAGCGGGAGCCCACAUUUCGACAGCCAGCUGAGUCCACCAAUGAACUUCAACGGGAUUUUCUCCCUAAAACACGACGACCCGCCGGACUACGGCAAAAACAGCCACUAUGGCUUGCGCUACUGCAGUGCGCCGGGGCGCACGGCCCUUUCACACAAUUCAAUGUACAGAGUCUCCCCAGAGGCCCGUUUCCCCUACGAUCUUCACGUCCGCAGUCAGUCCUUCCAAGCACAAGGGGAAGUGAAUGGCUCUUACCACAAUUAAUCAGUCAGUUGGAUAAAGUUACAUCUUCAAAAGCAAAUUAAUUUCUUUGCACAGAUGUCGAGUUGGAACGUCAUGGAUUCAGACACAAUGCACAAAACAAAUACUCGUUAAAACGAAUAAUUUUUUUUUAUUUUUUAAGACAUUUUAAAAAAAUAUAUUUAGAAAAUAUCAUAUAUAAAAUUGAUUGCAAAUGUUUUUGUUCCACUAAAUCAAAUUUUUGCCAUGAUAAACGUCAGAAAAGACAACCCACAACGUUUUUGAAAGUAAAGAAAAAUAAUCAGUAUAGGUUAACCUUCAGAUUUAAACCUGACAUGUGUCUGAAGAAAACAACGAUUGGAUUAAUAAAUUGGUGCUAUUUUUAUUCUCAAACACAUAAGUUGAAAGAUAAUUAGUUCAAAAAGAGGAUUUGAAAAAAAAACAAUAUUUUCAUGUAUCUGUUA